AUGUCUCGACCAAACAGCUGGCUAUGUUCUAUCUGCACGCAGGUCAUCCAGACCAGCAGUGGUCGGAUCGGCCGUGACGCCACAUGCACGCCGCCAGGCCAGAGUUUGGAACGUUUUCGGAAGGCUGCCGCUGAUGACUGUUUUAUAUGUGCUAAAGUAUGGAAUCUCUCCGAGCAGCAUCGGCGAGCGUGGGAUUGUCUGCCCCCGGAAAGUUGGAGUCAAUUCUGCUACAUCAUCGACAAAGAAGAGUAUCCUGAGGAUACGCUGCAUCAAAUCAGAGUCUGGAUCCUCUACAAUGAUCCAACACGAGAACAAAUAGAGCAGGCCACCGAUGUUCGGUUUAGGUUGAUACCAUCAAUAGGAAGUGAAUACGAGAACUCAUUCGUGUUCUCGGACAUCGAAGAAAGCACCGGAUCUUCACAAACCCUUGACUUGGCUUAUUCCUGGUUUCGCGAGUGCACAUCUCGCCAUACAAGGAAGUGCAAGGCUCAUCCUGGACAGACAGAGGGCUGGCUUCCGUCACGUCUUAUAGACAUUGGAUCUCAUGGGGAUACGCAAUGGAAGCUUUUGAUCACAAGCACAGAUGCGAUAUUGUCUGAAUCUCUUCUGUAUCUGACUCUGAGCUACCGCUGGGGAAACGAUGUCCAGCACGAGCUCUUGACAUCGUCUACAAUGAGCCAAUUCCGACAAGGAGUAGAGAUCUCUAGUCUGCCCAAAACAUUCCAAGAUACAGUUAUUGUGGCACGGCGAUUGGGCAUUCGAUACAUAUGGAUUGACUGCCUAUGCAUCAUUCAAGACUCCCGAGACGAUUGGGAGGCUGAAGCUCCUGAGAUGCGGCAUAUAUACGCAAACGCGGCUUGUAACAUCGCCGCUUCUGCGUCAGAUGACGCCGAUGGAGGACUUUUCCGGUCUCGAGAUGGGCGAGAUAUUCGGCCUGGUUUGGUCACCUCGACUCUGGCGUCAGGUCACCCUGAAACAUUCUAUAUCUUUGAUAAAAGCUAUUGGGAUCGCCACCUUCUCGGGGGUUCACUUCAUCGCAGGGGCUGGGUCUUCCAAGAACGUUUCCUGGGGCCGCGCCAGCUCUACUUUACACAACAUCAGGUUCUGUGGGAGUGUCUUGAGGAACACAAGUGUGAGGGCUUUCCUCGAGGUAUUCCCCUCCAUAUAUCUUUCAAGGAUACUGAAAGACUACUUCAGCCAUUUGAGGAGAGGAAACAAUUGGAUAAAACACAGGAACGAGGGCUUGACGACCACAACAUGGCUUACGACGCGCUGGAACUAUGGCGCGAUCUUGUCACGGCCUAUUCCCAAUGCCGCUUCACGAGGCCAGAGGACAAGCUCUACGCCUUUUCGGGCAUCGCCAAGCUCUUCCAGGAGUCCUAG